GGCUUCAUCUGGAUCGUCCGAUUGGGAGGGAGUAUGGGGGAGCAUAAUGAAUGAGGAGGGCCCACCCUAUCCUAUACCAUCCCAUCUCUUCUCUAUAAAUAAAAGCCCCUAGCUCCCUCAACUCUCACUUCUGAGACAGCUUACUGAAAAAUAUGAAGAAGAAGGGAGCAUGGGCGGUGCUGUGGGUGAUCGUAGUAAUCCAAUGCGUCGCAGAUGCAGGGGAGCACAAUGAGGAGUCGCUGAUAUUCAACACCCAUGGACUGAGCAGAGAGAGCUUCCCCAAGGGCUUCGUCUUCGGCACCGCCACGUCAGCUUACCAGGUCGAGGGCAUGGCUGACAAAGACGGCCGAGGACCAAGCAUUUGGGACGUCUUCAUUAGAAAACCCGGGAUUGUGGCGAAUAAUGGCACUGGAGAGGUGGCGGUUGACCAGUAUCACCGGUACAAGGAAGAUAUAGACCUGAUGAAGAGUCUUAAUUUUGAAGCAUACCGCUUCUCAAUCUCAUGGUCCAGGAUUUUCCCAGAGGGAACUGGGAAAGUGAAUUGGAAGGGAGUUGCUUACUACAAUAGACUGAUCAACUACCUGCUCAAAAAAGGCAUUACCCCAUAUGCAAAUCUCUAUCACUAUGACCUUCCUUUGGCACUUGAGAAGAAAUACAAUGGGUUAUUGAGUUACAGAGUAGUGAAAGAUUUUGCGGAUUAUGCUGACUUUUGCUUCAAGAUGUUUGGAGACAGAGUGAAGAAUUGGAUGACAUUUAAUGAGCCAAGAGUGGUGGCUGCUCUUGGCUAUGAUAAUGGUUUCUUUGCUCCAGGGAGGUGCUCCAAGGAGUAUGGAAACUGUACUGCUGGGAACUCUGGAACAGAGCCUUACAUUGUGGCACAUCAUUUGAUUUUGUCCCAUGCCGCUGCAGUUCAGAGAUACAGGGAGAAAUAUCAAAAAGAACAAAAGGGGAGGAUUGGAAUUCUCUUGGAUUUUGUUUGGUAUGAGCCUCUUACAAGAUCAAAGGCUGACAACCUAGCAGCUCAAAGAUCCAGAGACUUUCAUGUUGGAUGGUUUAUUCACCCCAUUGUAUAUGGGGAGUAUCCGAGAACAAUGCAAGAGAUUGUUGGAGAUAGACUGCCCAAGUUCACAAAAGCGGAGGUGAAGAUGGUGAAAGGAUCGAUGGAUUUCGUGGGAAUCAACCAGUAUACAGCCUACUACAUGUAUGAUAAGCCGAAACCCAAAGUCCCUGGCUACCAGGAGGACUGGCAUGCUGGAUUUGCUUAUGAAAAGCAUGGAGUGCCAAUUGGUCCAAGGGCAUAUUCUAGCUGGCUCUACAAAGUUCCUUGGGGUCUUUACAAAGCUGUGACCUACAUAAAAGAGCGAUAUGGAAACCCCACUGUGAUUUUGUCAGAAAAUGGCAUGGAUGAUCCGGGUAAUGUCACCCUUUCUCAGGGAUUGCAUGACACAAAAAGGGUCAACUUCUACACAAACUAUUUGACUGAGCUAAAGAAGGCAAUCGAUGAUGGAGCAAAUGUAAUUGGCUACUUUGCGUGGUCAUUGCUGGACAACUUUGAAUGGAGACUAGGAUACACUUCAAGGUUCGGCAUUGUCUAUGUUGACUGGAGGACCCUCAAGAGGUAUCCUAAAAUGUCUGCCAAGUGGUUCAAGCAGAUGCUUGCUCAGAAGGGGCAUUAGGCAUCUGGAUUAUGCCUUUCGUCUGUUUUAGUUUUAGGUUUAGUUUAAAUGUAAAUGGUGCCUUUGUUGAAGAACUGAGAACUCCAUCAGGCAUCCAGAACGUUUCCUUCUUUAGGUUUAGUGUUCUAUGGAAUGGCGGUUUGUAAUACUCAAAACACCAUUAAAUAAAUCUGUUACUCAAUACUUGAGUUUCAGGCUUUCUUUCUA